CUUCACAGACAUAAAACAUGCAAACCUUUCACAGAACAGUCUCACACUUCUCUGGAGCUCAUCUCAGUUAUUCUGAGGAACCAUAAACUGAAUUGCGUUUAUUGCUCAGCUUUGUCUGUGGUGCUCCGCUGUCAGCCGUGAUUGAUUCGAACACAUCGCCCCUCGCGUGCCCCGGGACCCUGUCCGGUCAUAAGUCACCUCACAGGUAUGAUGUUCAGUCCUGCGCCGCCUCUCCGUGACCCUGGCGCGGAGAUGAUGUAUAGUGUGUGGCCUCUUCCACAGCUAUUUGUUUGCGGCGUAUGGGAGCUCAAAGCUUUCGCACGCCUUGUGCACUACGUGAUCCUAUUGGACGAGCGGGGCAGUGGAUAUUGCAAAUGAUGAUGGAGAGAGAGGGGGAGAGAGAGGGGAGGAGGUGGAGAGCUCCCGUCUUUCCAACGGCAGACACGCAGCGCUCCUUAAGACUCCAGAUGCCUUUACAGAAUACGCGCCGCUGUUUUCUGUGCGAGUUGCCUCUCCUGUCUUAAAUCGAUCGUUGUGUUAUCGAAAACCAGAAGAUUAUGGGGAUCGCGUAUUAUGCGGGAACACGUGGAAAGCUUAUGAGACGAGCGGCUGCGCGCCCGUCCUCAUUGUGAUGGGGGAGCGCGGUGGUGCAUCGCUGGGGAUGAGUGAGAGGUGCGGAGGAGAUAAUCAACGAAGACACUGAGAGCUGUGCGUUUGGACAAGGUCAUCGGAGCCCAGCCUUGGCAGGAUUAUGUCCAUGUGGAGGCGGCAAGGGCGGACUUUUAUGCUUCCUCUCCGGGGACGAGGUUGCCUGGGGUGUCCCUUGAAAACCAAGAGUUUCUCUCCUUGCGUUGGCUCACAGAGGCGGCGAAGAGCCCAUCUAUUGGUGGCUGAGCUGUAUUUUUGACUAUCUGCGUGUCUUGGAGAUAAAAGUUUCCCCGCUCUGCUCGACGGGUGGGUGCUCUAUUCUCCCACCGACUCUUCUAUUGAACGCAGCUGAAGCCAGUUAAGGUGAUUUAGUGGGUGCUGGUUAAAGGGGCAGCGGCGGCGGGUGGGUUGAAUUCCACCAGAGAAACAGCAAGAAAAAAAAGAAAAGAAAAAAGACAAAAUAAAGAUUUAUUUUUUAAAAAGCGGCGGCCAGCUGUGUUUCUGGACUACCACAUCUGCCGUUGUUGUCGCCGCUGUCCAUGGUGCUGAACUCGGGCUCCAGGAAUGGUGGAGACGCUGAGUAUCGCAGUGAUCGGUGCUCCCGGAGUGGGGAAAACUUCUAUAAUCCGCCAGUUCAUCUAUAACGACUUCUCGGAGGUGUACACGCCGACCAGGACCAGAUAUGUGUACAGACCCUCCGUCAUACUGAACGGGAACAUGUACGAGCUGAAGAUUUUGGACGUCCCGCCGAUCUCUUCUUUUCCAUCAAGCUCCAGUCAGGAAUGGCUGGAUUUGCGCUGCAGAGGUGUUCGUAAUGCCAACGCAUACAUCCUGGUGUAUGACAUCUGCUGCGUGGAGAGCUUUGAAUACGUCAAAAUGAUCCGACAGCAGAUAGUAGAGAACAGGGAAGGUAGCAGCAGCGAGGUGCCAAUCCUGGUGGUGGGUAACAAGAGAGAUCUGCAGCGUCAGCGCUUCAUGCCUCGCAGGGCCGUGUCGGUUCUGGUGAAGAAGACAUGGAAGUGCGGUUAUGUGGAGUGCUCUGCCAAGUUUAACUGGCACGUAGUCCUGCUCUUCAAGGAGCUGCUGGGGAUUGCUGUGGCACGGGGGAUGCGCCAGAACCACACCUCCAUUCGUUUGCAGGGGGCGCUACAGAGGAAUCGCUGCACCAUCAUGUGACCCUCAGAGCUCCCUCCACCCCUGCCAACUCAGGAGUGGAGCGGCAGCAGAGAGAAGGACUUUCUAUCAAAAUGGCUGGGAAAAAUAACCCCGUGGCCUCCUGCUUUACUGAGCUGAUUUUUCUUAAUGAGGUUUAUUAGAUUCGUGCGCUGUAAAAGACACUCAAAUUACACACAUGGUCAUCCAACCACUUCCUAGUCAACUGUGUAGAAACAAGGAAGGAAAUGGGAAAAAGAAAGCAGGUGACAAACAAUACAAAAAGCAUAGCACAGAUAUGUUUCUCACAUCACAGGUCAACAUUUCAGGCUGCGCUUCCCAAUAUGAAAGGUCUGUCGCUGGGCCUGACAGGGCAGAAGCUGUGUUUGUGAGAGUCAAAGCGGACAGGCAGCAAUAUCAUCCAGUCUUCCUUUUGAAUUUGCCACACUGUGUAAGGUCAAAAGCAGAAGCUCACAUCUAACAUCACUGGAUUUAUUGGGAUUUGUGCAUGAGACCGACAGG